CACAGAUUGAUUAGUCGAUUUUAACAGUGACAGUUGAAUCCUGGUCACAGCCGAAGUAAAGUGCGCAGUACAAGAGUGGUGUGGUGAGUACAACGUGUACCAACACGUCCAUCUCUUCAGUAAAACAACUUCCGGUGGCCCAUUCACUCCUGUUGAGUUUAAAGAUAAACAGCAUUGAAAUUUUAUGGUGCAGCUCACAUCACACUGGUAAAAACUAAAACAAGAAAAAAUGAACUGUGAUACGGAUGAUAUAUCUAUAAAAGUGUUGGAAAUGCAUGCGUUGGGCAGAAACUUUAAGUUGGGAACUCUUUACGACGCCCGAACGGACCAGACGGUCCCAGGUAUAGACCAUUUCAUUAAUAUUACACGCUACACUUUGUGGAAAGAUGAGGAUUUGCAGACUAUCAACACCACGCGCAAUGAAGGUAAAAGUUUCUCGAUGAUCGCCUCGGACAAGCUGACGGAAAAAUUCGGAAACCUCGAUGUCAACGGUUCAUUGAAAAUCAGUGUCCUGCUGGGCAUGGUGGAGCCCAAAGGAUCGGCGGUUUAUCUCAACCAGAAGAAAAGUCAUUUCCGCGAGUCUAGCACCCACGUCAUAUGUCAGUACCGGACGGCAAUCAAGGAGCUUACCAUGAACCAAUUGGAUGAAGGAAAGAUUCGUUUUCCAGACAUUGCCAGGACGGGAAACAACGGAACGGCAACCCACGUCGUGACCAAAAUCCAGUACGGUGCCAACGUCACUUUUACUUUCACCAAACGUUUUGAAAGUGACGAGGACGAGCAGAAAGUUAGUGGCGAGCUCAACAUCCGCGCCAACAAGCUCAUAAACGCACUCAAUGCAAUGGUGUCCGAUGUCAAUGCAAAGAGUUCAGGAACGAGCAGCAGGAAUGAAAAUGACAUCGAGUGUCACUUUCAAGCCGAUUUUCAACUACCCCAAAAUGUCAAAACGCCAACGACGUACGAAGAAGCCAUCGAGUUCGCCAGACAGUUAAUCCAAGCUUCAUCCCAAUCGAUGACCAAAGACGCCACAGACGGAAACCAGCCCCUUGGAGUGCCCAUCGCUGUGUGGCUCUACCCGUUGAGGUUGAUGAAAGUGGGUGAAAGCGCACCGGCCAUUCAAUGCGAAAUUGGUGUUGCGCAAACAUCGGAAUGCGUUCGAAUUAUGCAAGAAUACCAAGAGGUGGAAGAUUUGCUGCACUACUUGCUGAGAGACCCUCUGGCGCAGCAAAUGAAGCCAUUUCAAAAGAAGCUUCAACACUUCCAGCAAUAUCUAACAUCGCUGCGUGACCAGCUCAAAAAGAUGCUGAGAAGAAUGGUCGUCGACAUUCGCAGCGGCAAGAAUGCACUGGACCUUCUCAGGCAAGUGCUGGAUAGCAAAACGAAUGACCAAUUUCAUUACUUAAUCAAUACGAAUCGCCUGAGUCAAUGGCUGAAGCAAAAGCACGAGGAACUGUGCGCUGUCAAGCGGUUUCAAGAUGAAGUGAAAGAAAAAAUAGGACAAGAUCAGAGCAAAGUUCUUUUCUUCCCUUCGCCGGAAAGGCUGCAAGAGCAAUUCACAAAAUACCCAGUGGUUUACGGAUUCGAAUUCGCAUUUUCACCGUUAGCUAGAAACGAAACAUUUUUGGAAGAACUCAGGAAACAGACUCUGCACACGGAUGGUUUCAAUGAAGACUCUAAAAUUUCUGAGAAUGAUGAGCUCUGGUGUAAGAACAGGGACAUCAUGAAACGGAUCGAUAAGGAAGUUAACGAUUUCGCCGGACUAGUCGAAGAAAAAUCCAAUGACGAGAGAUACGCCUUUGCCUUGACGGCACCUGAAGAAUACAGUGAAACUUGCGCGUUACAUUCUUCGAUAAUUAUUUACCUCAAGCAGAAAAAGUUGAUUGCGGGCGAUGCCGAACAUUCAAGCAUUUUUAAUCGUUUCGAAGAAGAUAGGAUCGAAGAUGUUCUUGAAAUGUUGCAAUUGUAUGAAUAGCAUUUCUUCGAAGGUAUUUCCCGGUUAAGAACUCAAAGUACAGAACGACAAAUAUCAAAAAGUGCAAAUCAAUUUGACCUUGACUGGCAGUUUUUAAAAAUACUGUGAUUUCAUCUAAUGUUUCAAAUAAUUUUCAUCUUUUUCUCUGUAGGUCAUGAUAUUAUAUUUCUGACUUUUUUAAAAAAUGUUAAAAUCAAACUUUGAAUAUAAUCGUUGUCAUUCAAAAAUUGAAAUUAAAAAUCAAGUUUUUUUUUUUCAUUACUAAAUCAGUACUGGAAUGACUUGCAAAACUCAAAUCUAUCAGAGUAAAAAAUCAGGAAAAUCCAUCCAACUAAACGUGGUAUUUGACUAAUAUUUUAAAUAAAUGGUCGUUAUUGUUUCCUUUAAAUAAAACAAAUCGACACACAACAUUUUCAAGAGCUAAUUGGACAUGAUUCAAAGCCAAAUCACUCCAUUUCAACGAGACGAGAAUUGCGCUGGUCUGAAUUCAAUAUUAUACCUUGUUAACAAAAAGAGUGUGAAUGACGCCGGCCUAACAAACACUCACUUGCAUCUUAAAGUCCCAUCGUCGAGAAGUGGCGAAACAUUUCUAGGAAUAAAAAGCUACCGAAAGCUACUUAUUUUAAUGAUGACUUUAAAUGACAUCACACCUUUUGACAAAGGGCACAAAUGUCAAAGGAAAGUGGAUAGAGAUCGAAACGUCGGUAACAUCAUAUGGUCAUAACAAACAACAGAACCUACGUGCCUAAGAAGACAAGGGGGCAGCCGCUAAGUAAAUGCGCAAAGAAAAAUACGGUAGGCUUACCUCAAUCAGAAAGAUAGGGCCCACGUUGAUUUUUUCCUCCAUCAGUUCUUUGCUCGGAUUCGGAAGGUAAGAAGAUGCCGGCCUUGCAGCGUCGAUAAACGCUGUAACAGAGUGGGCAGUCAUUCCCAAAAACGAAUGUGAAUAUUGAUAUUGAACGCAACCCACUUGGAACACCAACAUGUGCGCACCGCCGGUCACGGGCCGCACCGGUCACCAGUGAAAAAAUUAAUCAGCCAGCAGUAGAAGUCCCCGCUGUUGGAUCUGAGGCCAUCUUUACUAACAAAUAAAUAUUCGACUACCGAUUCAUUCCGUUCUUUAAGUCUCCGUUAGCUAUUGGUGAAAAAGGAGGGACGAAAGUGGUUUUUAUCUCUGAAUGAUUAUCGGUCGACAUGUUGAGUCACCAGCAACCAACGCUUGCUCUACAGGAAUCCAAGGAAGCUCAUUCGCAGGAUCUUCAUUUUCACAAGAUUUUGUUAUAAAAGAAAACACAGUAGUUGAAAUUAAGAAUUAAACGUUAAUCCACUGUGCGAUGCCUGUAUAGUAAUAUCAGCUACGGUAUAUGGAACACGUAAAACUUAUAUCUAUAGAGACUAAGUUUAGCCUACCUUGUAAGUGAAGUCAUUCCUCCCACAUGCAGCAACGCGUCGUAUCAUGGCGAAGUGAAGACCUGUGUCACCAGGUGUCGAUCCGCAGACAAAAUUUCAGAUUCGAUGCCUUUCCGUAACACUGAUGAAAACGUGAUGAUGAAUUUACGACAAAU